AUGGCGUCCCUUCCCAAGGAAAUGAAGGCUCUCCGAUAUGAGAAGCCAGAGGAUUGGUCCAUCGUCAAGGUUCCGCUACCGGAGCUGCGCGAUAAUGACGUCUUGGUGCAGGUCAAGGCCUGCGGCCACAUCCACGAGGGCGAAUUCAUUGCCAAGUUCCCCCUGAUCCCGGGCCAUGAGACGGUCGGGCUGAUCGCCGCCGUUGGCAAGGACGUCAAGGCCUUCAAGGUUGGCGACCGUGUCGCCGCCGACAACAGCGAGCUUUGCAACGAGUGCUUCUACUGCCGCCGUGGCCAGCCCCUGCUAUGCGAGAACUUCAAUGCCCAUGGCGUCACCAUGAACGGAGGUUUCGCCGAGUACUGCGCCUAUCCCGCCGCAAAGGUCUUCAAGUUCCAGAACCUGGAUUGGGUUGAUGCCACGCUGCUCGAGCCCGCAUCCUGCGCCUGCCACGGCCUCGAGAAGAUCCGGCCCAAGCUGGGCUCCCACGUCCUCAUGUUUGGGGCUGGCCCUACUGGUCUUAUGCUCGCCCAGUUGCUGCGACAAAACGGCGGCUGCCAGGUCACCAUUGCCGCCCCCAAGGGCCUCAAGAUGGAGCUGGCCAAGAGCCUCGACGCGGCCGACACCUACAUCGAGCUCUCGCGCGAGAAGCCCGAUGCGCAGUUUGCCCAGCUCAAGAAGGACAACCCGUACGGCUUCGACAUUGUCGUCGAGGCCACGGGCUCCGUCAAGAUCCUUGAGGAUGCCAUCAACUACGUCCGUCGCGGCGGCACCCUGGUCGUCUACGGCGUAUACGCCAGCUCCGCCAAGGUGUCGUGGCCCCCGGCCAAGAUCUUUGGCGACGAGAUUACCAUUAUUGGCUCCUUCUCCGAGACAUACAUGUUCCCUGCCACCAUCGAUUACCUCGAUUCUGGCAAGGUCAAGACCAAGGGCAUCGUCAACAAGACAUUCAAGCUCGAGGAUUUCGGCAAGGCGCUCCAGAGCAUCAAGGACAAGAGCGCCAUCAAGGCCGCCAUUGUUUUCGACUAG